AUGGGUCGAAAGAUGGUAAAGAUGGUAAAGAUGGAGAAGAUACCGAACGAGAAAACGAGGAUAACGACUUACAAGAAGAGGAAAGCAUGUUUGUACAAGAAAGCCAGUGAGUUCUCAACGCUCUGCGGCGUGGACACUUGUCUCAUUGUGUACGGCCCGAGCAGAGCAGGGGACGAGAUGGUAGCGGAGCCGGAGUUAUGGCCAAAAGAUGAGAGCAAAGUCCGUGAAAUCAUAACCAAGUAUAGGGACAUUGCGUCAAGCAGCUGCACCAAGAUUUACACCGUGCAAGAAUGCUUGGAGAAAAACAACACUAAGGUGGAGAAUUCCAAGACUGCGACCAAGUAUCAACCAUGGGACAAACAGCUCGACAAGUGUUCUUUAAACGAGCUCUACGCAGUAUUCAUGGCUGUAGAAAACAAGAUUCAAGAGGCUACGAAUAAGAAUCAACCAUUUCCUGACUGUGCUUCUUGGUCUCAUGAGCAACUUGGUUUAUCCGGUUACAAUCAGCAAUGUCUUGAGCAGAUUCAGUUGUUUCUUAUGCCUACUAUGGAGCACAACGAGUUCUCUUUUUUCCCUUUCAUUAACCAGGUUACCUCAACUAAGACAGAAGUACCUUCUUUCUCACAUGGGGCAGAGCCAAUGAUAGCUAACGGGCAAACAUUCUUUUACGGGAGUUGUUCAGAUGGUCCAUACGGCCCACUGAUGCAGAGGACAGCUUACAUGGAGCCAAUACAAUGGGGUUUAGGAAGCAGUAUGUUCAACGACGCGAAGCAGUUCUCAGAUUAUCCCUUCAGGUUUUCACAAAAUAAUGACUUGGAGGAUUCAAGUAAACAUCCUAUGUGA